AUGUUAAUGACAGAGACUUCAAUGCGUGACGUCACUAAUUAGGCCCAAAUAUAAAAGUCUUGAGAGUUGUUCUAAUAUCGAUGUCGAUAAUAAUCUUGUUUUUGUAGGAAUGGAAGCCCAAAAGGUCGAGUUUGCAGGCUCACCUUGUGGACAACAUGGAACAUACACAUUUUUUAAAUCAUUCAAAUUUAAAGUUGAUGGCAAAGAAAAUAAUUUAGCAAUUGGAGAAUUUUUCUUCAUGAAAAUAUCUAAAGAGAUACCAUUAUGUAUUGGAGAACUUCAACUGUUAUGGGAGGACGCCAAUUCAAGUCAUCAACUUACAAGUAUAAGACUUUACUUUUUACCAGAAAAUACACCAGAGGGUAGAGAUGAAUAUCACGGAGAGGAUGAAAUACUGGCCCUGCACCAUAAAAUGAUAUUAAAAUUGACUGAUCUAGUUCCCAUGAUUCAAUGUAAAACAGAAUGGACAAUCGGUUGCUCUGUUCCUGUUGAUACUGGUUCUGACCAAUCAGAAACAGAAAAGAAACAAGAUGAGAAACAUUACAGUCUACCCCAAGUUAUUAUUCAGAGUUAUCCCCAGUAUUGUAGAUUUCGAGCUGCCCUCAAAAGACUAGAAAAUGUACAGGAUAAAUGGUUGAAGAAUGCCUUGGUUUGUGCUCUGGGCGGUUUUACUACCAAAUCGAAGAACUGUCGAAUUCUUUAUUGUCUUGAUACCUUCUACAGUUCUGAUUUAGAUGAAUUAGAAAUAAGAUGUGAUCAUUUAGCACCGAAUUUGAAAGGUCGACCACGUAAAAAGAAAUUAUUAUUACGUAAAGAAUCAUCCCAUGAUUCUGAUAGUAGUGGUCAGACAGAGAAACUUAUGUAUGGUGGAUCACCAUUAUUAAAACCAUCCCCUCAUAAAACUAGGUCACAGGGAUGUACAUUCUAUGAGAAAAAUAAAACAACAGAAGCAGAACAAGUCUUCCUUAUAUCUUUACAUAAAUUUAUGAGGAAUCGUAAUACACCUAUAGAGAGAAUUCCUUCCCUUGGAUUUCGUCAAUUGGACAUGUAUGUAUUUUAUAAAUAUGCUGAGAAGUUUGGUGGCUAUGAAGCAGUGACAAAGAAAAGAUUAUGGAAAUUUUUAUAUGAUAAAUUAGGUGGAAAUCCAGGAAGUACAAGUGCUGCUACGUGUACUAGAAGACAUUAUGAAAAACUUCUAUUACCUUACGAGAAACACAUGAAAAGUUUGAAAGCUAUGAAAGAAAAAGAAAAGAAAGCUGUAUUGAAUAAAGUUAAAGAAAAAAUAGAAGAGAAAAUUGAAGUCUUUAAGAGAGAAAAUAGUCAGUCUUCACAAAACAGUCAGAGAAUACCUUCUGAUACUGUCAGUGAACAGAAAGAGAAACAAUGGAAUGAUUAUCGUAAACAGUCUAAUAAUAAUAAUAAUAAUCAACAUCGUGAAAAGUUCAAGAAAUCUCAGCGUCAAACCGUCAAAAAUCUACUUGAUAAUGUAUCUGCUAAAGAAACUGGUAAACAAGAAUGGAUAAGCCAAGCAUCAUGCAUAUCCCUACCAACAAUGCCAGUUAAAUCUGAGAAUUCUUCACGACUGUUAGAAAUACCAACUGUUCGUCAGAAAACCAGUAUAUUGUCCCCUCUUGCCUACCGUACAGCACCAAAACAUCUGAAACCUGGAGCUUCAUCUGCACCCAUUAUACCUACCACCAGCACCUCUAGUUUGUAUUAUGCAAAUGGUUAUCCACUGGCGGCUUCACAACUAUUUGCUCAUUCAGUCAUCCCAUCACCUAAAACCGUAGAAAAAGCCAAUCUUUACUUAGUGUCACCACAAGCUAGUGGUAGUAACCAAAAUAAAACCCCAUCAUCAGGUCAUCAUGGUGGUUUAACUAGUCCUUCAAGUCAUCCACAUAUACCUUACAUGUCAACUACAGUACCAGCUCAUUCUAAUCAUAAACGAUCCUAUUCAGUCACCGAUAUCAUGUCACCACAAUUUGAUCGUCACACAGAUUCGAAGCGUCAGCGAUUAGAGUUAGCUCCCCCACCUAGUAACCAUUGUGUUAAUAGUCACAGAGAAGAAGUUUGUGAUGAUGAACCAGUUGAUUUUAGUAUGAAAACUCUACGUAAAGGAAGCAAUGAGAAAAAGACAAUUAUUAACACACCUACCAUGACCAAUCAUUCUAAAACCCAUCCUCAGGAUUUCUCAAGGAUAUCAGGAAAGACAACUCCUCAAAACCAUGCAUCAAGGUCGCAUCAAGGUCAUUCAUCAAGUCGAUCAUCAUCUGCUAGUCCUAUGUCAACGAAAUCAUUGGAUCGUUCUGUUACUUCUAGUGACAAGGCAAGAUCUAAAUCUAAGGAAGCUGCCCCAUCUAGUUUACAACUAUCGCCAGGUGAUGUCUUCAAUUCUACCGUCCAUCCAGCUUUUCAAUAUGCUUAUCUAUCCCAGCAUUCACCAACAAAUUUAGCAGCCAACCCUCUUCAGAUCCAACAACUGUAUGCAGCCCAGUUUCAGGCCAAUGCAGCACAACUUGCCGCAUAUGAAGAAAUGAUGAGACAUCAAGUGUUUGGUCAAUUAAAUACGCCUGCUCAAAUAUUGAUAUCCCCAGCUCAGAUUUAUCCACAGUUGUUGAAAGAUGGACAGAAAUUUGGUGCAUCGAAGUAGAUAUAUGUAUAUAUAGUUAUGACAGUCUGGUUGUGGUAACUCUCUUCUUAUUGUGCUAUAUUAAGAAAAAAGACUUACAUGGCACAAUUUGUUGUGUAAAGUGAUAGAAUUCGUAAAACCCUGCAGUUGACCGUUAAAAUACUGGCUAUGAAUUGUUUUAUAGUGAACAGAAUGAAGUGUCAUUACUUAUCCAAGACUAUGAAAGUGUGCCAAAUAUGGAAAGUUGGAUGAAAUUACUUUAUAAAAAAAAGUAAAGUAAGCUUAAGGUGUGAUGAUGAUACUAGAAUAAAUGGUGUUGUGAAGGUUUGCUGUAUAUCUGUAAAGGAUCUAUGCAAUAUCGAAUCAUAAUGAUAUUCAGUGACUGCAUAUGUAAGUUCUCCAUUUAGUAAAUUUAAAAAUAUUAAGUUAAUAUAUUCUUUGUGUGAAGAAAAAUUCCCUUACCAGGCCCCCCCCCCCUCGCCUUUAAAUAUUAAAAGAUAUAUGUAUAUGGUAUUAUUUAUAUUGACUCUGCCUUUCAGUCUUUGUUCACAGCGCUAAUAAUUUAUCUUCUAUUCAUAAAUGAUUCACAAAUUUGAAAGGGUUUGUGAAAAAAACAACUAUAUAAUAGUUGUUUGAACACUGUAUACACAUGACAUGUAAUGGAAUUAUUUCUUUGUAUUGCCAGACAUUUUGUAUUUUUGUAUACUUCUACCAUCCAAGUACCGUACCUAAUGUAAAUAUUGUAAUAAUUGCAUAUUAAGUAAUAACUCAUUAAUGGCAAUAUAACUCAACUUAUAUGGUAGUAAUCAAUUAUUACAUUUCUAACACCAAAUAAAUAUUUCAAAUAAUUGUUCAAAAUAUGAGAUGAUACAUGCAUGUAUAAAGAAACCAUUAUACUGUACCAUAAUUAUGAUAAAUAUAUACAGAAUAUAGUAUACAUAUAUAUUAUACAUUAUAUUAUUAAAGUUUAUAUAUAAAUGUUGCAAGUUUGUUAAACAUUUGUUUAAAGUUGCACAGUUUAAAAAAUUAAUGGGUGUUGACCAUUUUCAAUUUCUGUUAAGUUACAAGUUUUGCCAGAAGAAACAGAUUUGAUUGUAAUGUUGGCAUUUAUUUAUUUCCGGUUUGUAAUUUGGACAUUUAAGAAUUAUUGUUCAGAAUAUUAUUUAUGAGCAUAUUACUCUGUUAUUAUGCUAUUUUACUGAAGUGGGAGUGUCCCCAUGAAAUAAAAAUACUCCUGCAAGAUUGGCAUUACAGCACUACACAGAAGAAAAAAAGAGUGAAGAGUUGUCAAUUUUUCAAAUAUCAAUGCAAUAUUCAUGUGUUCUUAGAAAAUAUCAAAUUCCUCAGACAAUUCAUUUGUGCUUCCAGAUAAUGAAUUAUUUUGCAGACAUCACUUCAAGAAAAACUGAGUAGGGAAAAUCCAGAAAUUAAAGAUGCAUUAUGUAAGAUUUAGAUAAAGAGCUGACUGUUCUUGCAAUAAUAGUUCCAAAAUAGAUAAUUCAACAUUAAUAUAUUGAAAAUUUAAUUCAAAUUACUUUAUUCCGAGUCAAGUUAUCACUGUUUGUAGUUUUAACAAGAUGUGACAAAUAUUGUUUAUUACCGUAGCAACAUUACUUGUUAAUCGAGAUUCAGCCUCGCUUCUCCAUUUUGAAAUUAAAUCAUUAAUUGGCGAAGGCAUUUUAAUCUGUUUUAAUCUCUGCCAUCCGACGUUCUAGAGAGUUGAUUAUAGGAUCGUCAUGUGAAUAAUUGUGAAAAUAAAAAUUGACAUAACAUUUAAAGCCAAAAUAAAAACCUGCAAUAAGCACAUUUAGCUCUUGAAUAAUGCAUCUUUAAAAACAAAUUUUUCUCAAAAGUAUACUAUCUGAAUUUGAUACUUUUUGUGAUAAAGACAGGAGAAGAAAAACAGUGACAUGUAUUUAACACUAGUAGUUACUACUGUAUAGCCAAAACUGUAUUUUCUUUAUUUCAUUGUUUAUUCUAAGAUUUAUCUGUGGUCUAAACUAGUCAUUAACCAUUCAUAUUGUUUAAAUAAAUUUAUUCUAUUGAA